AAGGAAAGAAAGAAAGCCUUCAGAUUUUUGAGUUCCCAACAUGUCGAAGAAAAAUCUCUCUUACAUGAUAGUGGAGAUGAUAGUCCCUAUGGACUGUGCUGGUUGCGAAAGAAAGAUAAAGAAAGCUCUCCAUAAACUUGAUGGAGUGGGUGAAGUUGAAGUGGACCUCGCCAUGCAAAAGGUGACUGUCACGGGAUGGAUAAACCAGGAGAAAGUUUUGAAAACUGUGAGAAGGACGGGUCGGAGGGCCGAGCUUUGGCCGUACCCUUACAACCCAGAAUACCAGAACUUUACCGGCUAUAAUAAUUACUACCAUCACCAGAGCCAACCAACAACGACCUAUUAUGCAUCCGAGUCAAUCUCUUCCUACAACGACUAUGUUCACGGCUAUAAUGGCCAAGAAUAUAGCCAUUAUCCACAGAUUCCUUACCCCAACGUCUAUGAUUCGCAGGCCACCGCCAUUUUCAGCGAGGAAAAUCCUCAUGCUUGUUCUAUAAUGUGAU